ACUACUUACUUUAUCCUUCUUUUCUACCUAAAAAAAAUCUGAAAAUUGUGUAUCCAAGAACCACAUUUGAUUCUUGAAUUUGUAUAAAAACUUCUUUCUCUUUCUCAUUGAAGUUUUCUCUCACCGGGGUUUGUUUUUUAUUCCAAUUCUUGCAAAAAAAGGUGACUGAACGUGUUGAUCGUUGAAAGUGAUAAAGAUUGAAGCUUUACGAGGUUUCGUUUUACGGGAAUAAAGUAAAAAGUUUGUAACAAAAGAAAUGGAGGGUUGUGGGGAUUUUGUGCAAUGCCUUUUACCUGAUAUGUCUAUAAAGAUCCUAAGUUGUUUGGAUGACCCGUCUGAUCUUAUCCGGGUUUCUGCUGUGUCUAGUUCUUGGCGUCAAUUCGUGAUUGGAAAUGACUUGUGUAAGCAUCUCUGCUUAAGGAGAUUUCCUGAAAUAUCAAGUGUUGGAAAUAUGAUUGAAGUUGAAAACACUGUUUUACCAGUAGUAUCUCAGCCUGAAAAGUCUACAGAGUGGUUAUGUCUGGAGAGGAAUCAUAGAGUUUAUGCAUUUUUGUCACGCGGCCUUUCCAACUGUAUGACGGAAGACUGCUUAAUAGAUGCAAUUCAUGCAUCAAGCACUGACAACUAUCCUGAAGAAAGCAUUCUGAAUACAUUAAAACCAGGCGAUCGUGUUGAGCGCAGAGCUUCAUACUGGUCGAGUGGAGGGCAAAGUGAUCCUACAGUUCCCGAGACACUAACAUAUAAAUUAAUCUCAAAGCUGUGCCUGAUUUCAGAAAUUCAUGUACAGCCAUUUCAAGCAUAUUUCCAGUUUGGCUUUCCCAUUUAUUCAGCAAAAGCUGUGAGAUUCCGGGUGGGACAUCCUAAUGUUAAAAUAGACGUAGAAAGUGACAAUGGACAAGAAUCUGUGGCUGGUCAAGCUCGAUCUUUCUCUGACAAGGUUGUAUGGACAUAUACCUCACCAGAAUUUCCCUUGGUUCAGGACAACAUCUUGCAGAAGUUUAAGUUGCCAGAACCUGUUCUUUGCAUUGGCGGGAUCCUACAAGUCGAGCUCUUAGGCAGAGUUCAGAAACAACAAUUGGAUGGUCUAUAUUAUAUUUGUGUGUCGCAUGUCCAAGUUGUUGGAAGGCCACUCUUGUCAACAUUUGAUGUUGAUAUACUCGAUGAAUCUGGGAAGUGCAGUCUGAAGUACUGCCCAAAAGAAAGGUUGUUGUGCGAGUCAAGUAACAAAUCUACUAAAGGAGAGUCAAGUAGUCCUCCUCGGUUUCACAGGUUCAGGGCAAGCUUAAGGGGAUGGGAGCAAAUGAUCCUGAGUACACUACUUGGAGCCGGAGCUGGCGUGGUUGAUGAUGAUUCAGAUGACUAAGACGUCUAGCUUUCGUUCCUUUCAAGGCGUAGCAGUUGUUUCUGUGUUAAAAUAUGUCACUAGACUUGCUUUUGGGCAUCACUGCUGUAGUUUUAUCUAUAGCUUUGUUUUCUAUUGCCAUUCCAAAUGCUAAAUACUGUAUUACUAAUAGAGGGGUAUAGCCCGUGCUAAAAUGUUCUUUAAAAUUUGUAUAAAAUAGAGAAAUCGCAUACCAUGCUAAUUACAUCCUAUUUCGAAAGUCUUCUUAAUUACAAUAAUUUUGUAA